AUGGCACGAAGCUCAUCGCCGCUGCCACCAAUUGCGCAUCUCGGCAUUGUACCGCGAACGCCUUCUCUCGGACGAGGACGAUUACAACCGCAGGCCGAAGACAUGGAUGAACUGGCUGGAGACACGAUCCCUUGCUCACCGUCAGUCUUCAUGAAAGAUCACGACACCACCCAGGCGACGCAGGUCCUCAGCCGCCCUGGGCUUACAAUGGCCGGGUCUUCCUCUCCCGCCCCGAGCGUAAUUGAGGUUCCUGCAUCAUCGCCAUUCCAGCCAAAGCUGCAGCAGACGCGGUUGGGCUCUCGUCUGGCACCAGCCGGCACCGUCUUCCGCCCCCCUCGACCACAGCCAGUCUCUGAGAAGAGACCAACGCCAGAGCCCAUUGAUCUCAUCUCAGACGACGAUGACGACCUUACGCCACCGAGAGGAAACAUCCGCCCUACGAAUUUUAAGGCACAGAUUGCAGCCUUUGCUUACAAACAGCCCGCAUCUUCGAUCGACGAAAAGGAGACAACAAGGAAGCUACGGCAGAUAUUUGACGUUUUUGGCGAUCGGUACCCGUCGGAUAAGGUUAGGGAAGCUCUUAGGACGUGUAAAAACGACUUGGACGAUUCAAUAGAAUGGCUGGAGCGCAAUGUACCGCGCCAAACUCAGACUCAGAGCCGGAUUGCGAAGCCUCCUUCGAACCCUACUGUCAACCGACGCUUGGUAUCCAAGGGCCAAAUGCUAUCACUUUCAAAGCCCGCGUCUCGUGCUACUUCUCCUUCCAUCACUUCUGUCACUUCAAGUCCUCCCAAACCACAACCCCCGCCGCCCAGGCGCCGACUCAUGCAAGGGCUACGCAAGAGACGUGCCUCUACACUCGAACCUGACGUGGAAGAACUGCCCAAACCGGCCUCGAGCGACGAUCCGCUAGUCAUAGACCUGGUAGAUGACGGCAGAGAAGAAUCGUACGAAGCAGAGGAAUCCCCGCUGGCCUCCCAGGAAGAUGACGACAAGGUGCUUGACAGCAUCAAUGAAAGUAGUGUUCAGGAGUUGGCAGCCAUGACCGGCAUGAAGGAGGAUCUUCUUAAACCUAUCAUCGACAAGCGUCCCUUCCACGACCUGAUGCAGGCCAGGAGAGUGAGCGUCAACAAGAAGCCUGGCGCCCGCAAAUCUGCCAGGGUCAGCAUCGGAGAGACCGUUGUGGAUGCUGUCGAAGUAUUCAUGGACGCUGUUACGGCCAUUGACAAGGUCGUGGCCAAGUGCGAAAUCAAAGGUCAGGCAGUUAAGGGAGUCGUCGAUUCCUGGGACCUCAACAUGUUUGGUCAGAACAAACGCAGCACGAGGUCGACCCCCUCCGAUGACGAUGCUCCUCUAACGCCGACGAGCUUGAGCAGUACCAAGUAUUCAAAACCACUUGUCCCUCGUCAGCCGAAAAUGAUGGACGGUCACUGUGUAAUGAAGCCGUUCCAGCUCUAUGGCUUGAACUGGAUGUCGGUCCUCUAUAACUAUGAUAUCGGCUGUAUCCUUGCCGACGAAAUGGGUCUCGGCAAGACCUGCCAAGUUAUCUCAUUCAUGUGUCACCUCGUAGAGGAGGAUGAGAGAGAACCCAAAGACAGACGGCCAUGGCCAAAUUUGAUUGUGGUACCACCCAGUACAUACAACAAUUGGCUCGGCGAAUUCAAGAAAUUUGCGCCUGGACUAUCCGUGAUAGGGUAUCGAGGGUCUCAAGCAGAACGUGCCGAGAUAGGCUAUAUGGUUGAGCAAGACCCUGACUCCUACCAUGUCGUCCUGGCUACAUAUUCGCAGAUUAAUUCUGAAGAGGACAUUGCCGCUAUGCGGUCGUUUGACCUCAACGCAGCCAUAUUUGAUGAGGGGCACAAGAUGAAGAACCCAGAAACCAAGAUCUACAAGGACCUUCGAAGAAUUCCAUCCGCUUGGAAGAUGCUACUUACAGGCACUCCUGUUCAGAACAACUUACUAGAGAUGACUUCGCUCCUAAACUUCAUCAACCCUAGACUUUUUGACGGUUACAUGAAUCAGAUCCAGUACAUCUUCAGCCAAAAGGUCACAAUCCGCGACGUCACGAAUGGCGCUUUUCUGUACAGUGAGCGAGUCAAGCGCGCGAGGACAAUUCUCGAGCCGUUUAUCCUGCAGCGACGUAAGGAUCAGGUUUUGUCUGAUAUGCCUCGCAAGAUUUGCACCGUUGUUCACUGCGACAUGCCCAAGGAGCAAAAGGAGGUUUACGAUGAAUACGAAGAACUGUUCAAGAUGGAGCCAUCACAACGCACCGCGCGAGGAUCUCGCGGGCGUCAAAACGAUCAGAACAACGUGUGGAUACAGCUACGAAAGGCGGCGCUGCACCCGCUCCUCUUCCGCCGCCAGUUUACAGACGAGAAGAUUACGGAAAUGGCCAAGAUACUAAUGGAUAGGCUCCCACAGUCAGAGCUUCAUCAGCCGGAUAUCAAGCAUCUCAUCCAAGAGCUCAAAAACUCAUCCGAUUUUGAGCUUCAUCUUUGGUGCCGCGAUUAUCCCCGCUUGUUGAAGGAAUUCGACAUCCCCCCUACAACAGAGCUUGACAGCGGCAAAAUCAGAAAGCUCCUGGAUCUUAUUAAACAGUACCAGGAGAAUGGUGAUCGAGUCCUAGUCUUCAGCAAGUUUUCACGAAUUAUUGAGCUUUUGCAAGAGGUGCUUGCGCGCAAAGACAUUGAUCAUCGCGUGCUCAUGGGCAACACCAAUGUGUCAGAACGACAGACGCUGAUUGACGAAUUCAAUCAAGAUACUAGCAUCCCCGUCUUUUUGCUAACUACGGGUGCGGGUGGCACCGGCAUCAACUUGACAUCGGCCAAUAAGGUCAUCAUCUUUGACCAGUCGGAUAAUCCACAAGACGACAUCCAGGCGGAGAAUCGCGCCCAUCGCCUGGGACAGAAGCGAGACGUGGAAGUUAUCCGGCUCAUCUCAGCGCACACGAUCGAGGAAUUGAUAUACAAGGCCUGCCAGAAGAAGAUUGAAUUGGCAAACCAGGUUACCGGUGCCAUUGAGGAAGAUGCCGCAGACGCGAGCAAGAACCUCGAGCAGGAAGUUCGCAAGAUGAUGGAAGAGCAAAUGACGCCCCCGUAG